UCUCAACCUGUCUCACGCUCCAUCUCUCCAUCCAUCCCUGUGAAGGAGUGUCGCACAAUAACCGGACGAAAAGCUGCACAUCGCGGUGACGUGUUCUCACCUGGAACAUGCCAGGACGAUGCGUCUCGCUUUGGCUUCCUUUUGGAUGAUGCUCACGGGGUUUGAUCUGUGCCCUGAUUUGGAAAACCCCUCGUCCCGACAAGAGAUCCAUGUCCCGGCUUUUGUUCCGCUGUCAUCAUGUCCCCCGCAGCUGAAAACAGAACCACCAUCGUCCCCGAGGAGGACUCCGACAGCCCCCGAGAGGAGCAGCGGCCACUGAAACAGACCCUCAGUAAAUCUUUGUGCCAGGAAACCCACUGGAAAUGUCUUCUGCUGUCUCUGCUGAUAUAUGGGUGUGUCGGAGCCAUGAUUUGGUGUCAGGUGACCAAGGUGACGCGUCUGUCUUUCGACAGCGCGUACAAAGGAAAGUCCAUGAUGUACCACGACAGUCCCUGCUCCAAUGGCUACAUCUACAUCCCCCUGGCCUUCCUGGUCAUGCUGUACGUGGUCUACCUGGUGGAGUGCUGGCACUUCUACACCAGGAAUGAGUUGCAGUACAAGGUGGAUGUGGACAACGUGGCGGAGCGCAUCCAGAGAAUGCAGCAGACAACCCCUUGCAUCUGGUGGAAGGCCAUCAGUUACCAUUAUGUCAGGAGGACCAGGCAGGUGACGCGCUACCGUAACGGCGAUGCCUACACCACUACACAAGUCUACCAUGAGCGAGUCAACACCCACGUGGCCGAGGCAGAGUUUGACUAUGUGAACUGUGGCGUUAAGGAUGUCUCAAAGCACCUGCUGGGGCUGGAGGGCUUCCCCAUCACCAGGCUGAGAUUCACCAAGUGCUUCAGCUUUGCCAAUGUGGAGUCUGAGAACUCGUACCUGACUCAACGGGCCCGUUUUUUUACAGAAAACGAGGGCCUGGAUGACUACAUGGAGGCCCGCGAAGGAAUGCAUCUAAAGAAUGUAGACUUUAAGGAGUUUAUGAUUGCCUUUUCUGACCCCAACCACCUUCCAUGGUACACAUCCACUUGCGCAUUUUGGGUGGCCGCUGCCGUCACCCUUUCCUGGCCUCUGCGGGUGUUUACAGAGUACCAUACCGCCUACGUCCACUACCAUGUGGAGAAGCUCUUUGGCUUUGACUUUGUGGCGGUGACAGCAGCUGAAGAUCGCCCAUAUUGCCGACACAUCCCUCGGGUCAACACAAUUGACAGCACAGAGUUGGAGUGGCACAUCCGCUCCAACCAACAGCUGGUACCGAGCUACUCGGAGGCCAUUCUCACGGACCUGGCCCAGUUCUCAGAGAGCUGCAAUAACUACUCCACAAGUGGCACCUACAGUAGCUACAGGCAGAACUGUGAACGCUGCCACCGCGCCAUCAGCAGCUCCUCCAUCUUCUCUCGCAGUGCUCUCAGCAUCUGCAACUCAGCGAGCCCGCGCAUUCCCUUCAGCGCAAGCCGCUUCUCGCUGGGCCGGCUGUACGGCUCCCGAUGCAGCUUCCUGUGGAGGAGCGGCGGCAGCCUAAACGAGCAGUCCUGCCCGUCAGAGAGCACGCGAUGCCUGUCGGGCCAGCAGACCAGUGAGGAGAACCCUCCAGCUUAUCAGGAUGCUCAGUACUUCCCAGUGCUCAUUGUACAUAGCAGUGAAGGUUGCCUCAACCACAACCACCGCACCCUGCACAGAAAUGGCUCCUGUGUUGAGACCGCUCUAUGAUCGAUGGCGGCCACACCUACUGGCUGAGAAAGGACGUCAUAAUUCCCUUUACUGAAGGGGGCACAGGGAGAUAACCCUCAAACAUUUGCCUCUCCCUUUAACAACAAGGAUUACUGGCUCACCCGUAAGUGACCAUAGAUCAGGAUUUCUUCAGCUACUUCCAAAGAAUCCAUGACCUCAAAUCGGACAUAACGUAUGCCUGGAAAAGUCCUCUCAGUACACUCAAUAUGUCAGGGAAAACACAUUUAAUACUCUUGAUAUGACUGUUGUUUAAAAUGUGGCUUUAAAUACCAAACUGACCUGCAGACAACCUCUAUGAAGAUGAAGAAAGAAGCCUAGCGGGUAGUAUUCUCCUGCAAAUGCCAUAUUUGUACAGUAGAUCUCAGCCACAGACAAUCUGCAAGGAUAUUAUUAUGUCUGGAGUA